AUGGAAGUGGGAGUGGUGGAUCCUUACACAACAAAUCCAGGUCCAAUUGAUGGUUCAGUUUUAUAUGAUCAAGACAAGCAUGUAUCAACAGCAGUUUGGGAAGGGCAGGAGCGCGGUGCCCUCAGAUGUCACGAGCACACUUCAAAACUUGAUCAGUGGACACUUACACCGAAACAGGUUGAAUUGGUAGAGAAGGCUGGAUUUGGAUACUUAAGGUCAAUUCCAGCUAUUAGUCUAGACAAUCCACUGAUCUCUGCUCUAGUUGAAAGAUGGAGAAGAGAAACAAACACUUUUCACUUGAAUGUUGGUGAAAUGACAGUAACCCUUAAAGAUGUCGCGCUCUUGAUUGGGCUGGCAAUUGACGGGGAACCUGUAAUAGGCCUGACAUAUACCUCGUGCAUUUCUGUUUGUGAAAAGUAUCUUGGCCGAUCACCCGAAUCGGGUUACACAAGUGGCGGGAUGGUGAAGCUAAGUUGGUUGAAAGAGUUCUUUUCUCGAUGUCCUGUUGAUGCUCCAAUCGAAGUGAUCGAGCAACAUACCCGUGCUUAUCUUCUUUAUCUUGUAGGUAGUACCAUAUUUUCCACAACUACCGGGAAUAAGGUCCCUGUAAUGUAUUUGCCGUUGUUUGAGAAUUUUGUUAGAUGUGGACAAUAUGCAUGGGGCUCGGCGGCUUUGUCAUUCUUGUAUAGAGCACUAGGAAAUGCCUCGCUAAGAACUCAAAGCACCAUUAGUGGCUGUUUAACACUACUGCAGUGUUGGAGUUACUUUCACCUAAACGUUGGACGACCAAAGCUCAAUCUCGACAUGAUGCAUGACCGAUUUCCCUUUGUGCUUAGAUGGAAAGGAAAACAAAGUGGCCCAACUGCAAAUCGCGAUGUUGUAUUUUAUCGGAAAGCUUUGGAUUCCCUAAAACCAUGUGAUGUGGAGUGGCUCCCCUACCGAAACAUGGACAGUAUGGUAAUUCCAGAUCAUAUCAAAAGCACUUUAAUUAUUGGGAGGUCAAAGACAAUGCUAAUAUGCUUUGACAAGGCUGAAAGACAUCUUCCAAAUCGGUGCUUAAGGCAAUAUGGCAUGCUUCAAUCAAUUCCGGAUGAUGUGGAGCGAUGGGAAAGGAAGAGUAGAGGAGUUGACGGUGGGGUUGAUUUGUCCGGAAAAAUGGAAUCAGAGCUUACUGAGUGGAUGGACCGUCAGCUGCACAUUGUCGACGGGGAUGAGGGCGUUGAUGAAAGCGAGUACAUGGAUUGGUAUAUGAGGAUUACCCGCAAGUUCAUAGGGAGGCCUAUUUCUCUGUCAUCCGAGUUUCAGAGAACGAAAAUAAACAAAUCCUUGCAGAAUGCUGGUCUUAGGGAUAUUGCACACAUAGCCGAUACUUUUUCAACCAAAGGGUUAGACCCGCAACAAAUCGAAUCAAUAUCUCGGAUAAGAUAUAUUGCACAUGAAUGUUUGAGAGACCAAAUCAGUGGUCCAACAAUAGUAACGGCCACACCUCAAGCUGAACAUGGAAAAAGAGUAAGGGGAAAGGAGAGGGUCAGAAGAAAAGGUGGGGCAGGUAAACGACUGCGGAAGGAUGGUGUGAUUCAAUAUAACGUCGCGAGUGAGGACGAACAACCUCAAUUCUAUGGCACUACUAUUGAGGUUAACCAAUUGCAUCUAAGUCACAUGGAUAGAGAGAUGGAGCAUCAUGCACAAUUAUGUACUGUGGAAAAUGCAGUAAGUUCUGUCCAUAUGCUUCAUGCUGAUGCCGAGAAUAUGCACCUCUGCGACACACACCUUGGGGUUGAUCAAUCUGAGCUAGGCUACAAUGAUGAUGAAAAAGACGAUUUUAACCAUGAUGAUCUAAAGCAAGAAGCUGACGAGGAAAUAAAAGAAGUCUUUAACCAUAUGACUUCUGAGCAAAAUAUUGAGGAGCUGCAUGCAGGGAAUGAGAUUGAUCAAGAUUUACGACCGUGUGAUCAUAUUGUUAUCGAUGAUUCACAGUUUUGUGACGUAAGUCACGAGAUCAACAACACAAAAAACUUUUCAGAUGACGCGGGUGAAAUCAAUCACACGCAUUUUGUUGAUCCGGAUGAAGUUGAUCCACAAGAAUUCAAUCCAAGUGAAGAUUUUGUUAAUUCUCAACUUUCUCAUGUUAAUGAUGAAAGUGAACUACCAUCAUCUGCUAUGGCAACAAUAGAAGUGUCUCAACAUUCUUCAAUUGAACCUCAUGGUGAUAUUUCCCAGAAAGGCGAUUGUAGCGUUGCUGUAUAG